UCCCUAACUUCAACAUGUUCAUAACCAGUACGCACCCAGCUAGCUUGAACUUCAAACAUUUUCUGAAUCAGAAAUUAACCAACAAAACAAACUGGAGGUAUAACCACUAAAAUGGUUCAUGUUUGGUGUUGGCUUGGUAACAAUUAGAACUUGAAUCAAGGCUCUUUGAGAGGUAGGAAAGUUAUACUUUUGGGUUCAGGUUUUCAGAAUUGGGCAAACAGGAUAUAUCACCACCUCUAUAUGUUUGUUCAUAUGAUGAUGUUCAAUGCACUUGUAAGACUCUUGCACAUCAAUACUGCCAAGAAGGGAAGCCACAAUGACUGAUCCAAACACCUCUGUCAAUCUGGUGAACUUCUCCGAGUUUUAUGAAGAAGAAUUUAACUACACUGACUUCCUGAACAUCACCUACUUUGUGGUUGAUGACAAAACAGUCCCGUGUCAGCCCCUGACCAUAUCCGGUGCCGUUAGUGUGGCUGUGUGCGUCUUCUACAUUGUGGUCUUUCUGCAGGCCACCCUCGGGAACCUCACUGUCGUUCUGGUCAUAGUGAAUAACAUCCGUGCCCUGUCGCCCUCCGACGUGUAUCUGUUUCACCUGACCCUGGCUGACAGCCUUCUGGCGCUGGCACUGCCCUUCUACGCCACGGCUGUGGUGCGGGGCUGGCUGUUCGGGGACAUCAUGUGCAAGCUGCUCAGUGUGAUGAAGGAAGCCAGCUUCUACACGAGCAUCCUGUUUCUGGUCUGCAUCAGUGUGGACCGCUACACGGUCAUUGUCUGGGCCGUGGAGUCGCGGAUGGCCCAACGUCUGCUGUGGAGCUGGCACAUCAGCGCGGCUGUCUGGCUGCUGGGCGUCUUUCUCUCACUCCCCGCGCUCUAUAAUGAGGUCUUCGCCCUGUCCGGCUCGAGGACACCGAUGUGCGCCGAACGCUUCCAUCAGGAGCGCGCGGACGAGUUGCGCCUGGCGACCCGCGUCCUGCGCCACCUGCUGGGCUUCCUGCUGCCGCUGGGCAUCAUGACGGUGUGCUAUGGCGUGACCGUAGCCAGGCUCUUGCGCACGCGGAGCUUCCGACGCCACAGGGCCAUGCGGCUAAUCGUGUUGGUGGUGUUGGCCUUUCUCCUCUGCUGGAUGCCCUACCACGUGGUCACGGUGGUGGACACGCUGCUGAGGGCCAAGCUGAUUCCGGAGAGCUGCAAGGUGCACAAGGCUUUGGACGUGGCCAUAUAUGUCACCCAGAGCUUAGGUCUGCUGCACUGCUGCAUCAACCCCGUGCUGUACGCGUUCGUGGGCGCGAAGUUCCGGACGAGGUUGUUCCAGCUGCUCCACAAGGCGGGAGUGUUAGCGGGCCGAUCGGUGUCCGUGUCCAGUAGGUCGACCUCCCUGACUUCUGAGGCCACCUCCAACUUCCUUUGAGCACAAAGACUCUCGCGGUGCUGGACUCAUCACCUUCGUUGAAAUACAAAUGAAGAACAAAACAACUAAGCAUUAAAUGUACAUAUUUAGUUAUACGCUCCCCGUGUGCAAAGCUUUUUAAACGAAUGAAUUAAAUUAG